ACUGUUCCUCAACAGAACGUACGAUAAUACUGAAGGCAACAACAAUUGCUAUUAUUUCCUUUUAAAACUUUUCCAGAAGACGAAGCGAGUUCAAACAUUCGAGCAAAGGCACAUAAUUGGGGCAGCAGGAACGUCAACAGGAUCAGGAACAGCCACAGCAGCGAAUCAAUCAGCUACUCCACUGCAUAACGUACUAUCAAGUUGCCACACAACUGACUUAGAGCUCAAACGAAAACGACAAUCAUACGAAACUGUAUGUACAAGAAUCCUAAUACGAUUGCGAUUGCGAUUACUGGUACCUCCAAUACCGUCCGAAACAGAGGAAAACUCCAGGGCACCAUCUGUCACACGAUGAAGAACAAUCAGCAGUUUCACGAUGAGGUGAACAUAGACGAUCCGAUUGAAAAUAUGAAUGGCAAGCAUUCACCAGGCAUAGAUGCAAAUGGCAACAUUUCUAAUAGGAAUAGCAUUGGCAUUGGCAAUUACGGCAUCCGCAAGAAAAACUGGAAAACACAGGUACUCGCCGGCUUUACCUCCCUUAAGAACGCGCCACCGGAGCUCUAUAAGGUCUACGCACUCAAGUUCCUUGACUCCUACAGCUACUUUUCCUUCAGCAUUGUCUUCACUCUGUUUCUCUCGGACGAUUUCGGCUUUUCCGACAUCGAGGCCGGGGCCAUCUACGGGGCCUGGGGCGCCAUGAUAACUGUUUACGGCUUUUGCACCGGCUUUCUGGUCGACAAUCUCGGGGUUUCCAAGAGCUUGAAACUCGGCUACGGUCUCUCACUGCUGGCGCGCUGCGGGAUCUUUGCCACCACCUCCCGGAAUGUUCUCCUCCUGCACCUCUAUGCGACGCUGCCGCUGGGAAAUUGCCUGGGGAUUCCCGUGCUGAUGACGGGGGUCCGGAGGUACACCCACGAAACAAACCGCGGGUUUGCCUUUGGAAUCUUUUACGUCGUUAUGAACGUUGCGGCUCUGGUCUCCGGUCCGGCGGUGGACGCCAUGACCAUCUGGUACAAGGGAAGCGAGAACAACGACAGCAACAGCGAAAGCGACAACACCGAGUGGUCGCUCACAUCUUACCGGGCCAUAAUCCUUUCGGGGAUUGUUGCGAAUGUAAUAGCCUGCUGCAUCACGAUGACCGUCCGAGAAAUCAAGGUCGAGAACCCGUUGGCGAGGAGCGCGGACCAAAACAACUCUGAUGUUGCCACCGGCCAACAAGCUGGUGUUGGUAUCGAGACCGACCAACAAAGCAACAGCAAUGUCACCCACGGUGUGACCGUUUUUCGGCCAAAGACCGGCUCACCUUGGAAGAUAUUGAGCGAGAUAUGGAGGUCUCCCUCCUUUCGAAGGUACCUGGUGGUGAUUCUCAUCAUGCUGAACGUACGACAGAUUUUCCGCCACCUGGACGGGACCUGGCCGAAAUACAUGAUCCGAGGUGCGYUAGGCUGUGUACUAUCGUUAUUGUUUGGGUAUUUAUGCUUAGUUUUGCGUGCUUUCGGUUUUUUACGAUAGUGGUCCACAGGGAAGAGCCUGAUAAACCCUGGAUCGAUCCAUAUUGCGCCGGAACAAAACGAGACACCCAAGUACUUGUAUUUAUUUCGUCUAAGAACUUGUUUUCCCUUUUUUUUGUCAUAGAAUUUGGUCCCGAUGUCCCCAAGGGCACUAUCUACGCCAUCAACCCCGCCCUCAUUAUUAUCCUGGUGCCGAUCGUCUCUGCGAUGACGGCCGACGUCGACCCCCUCGUCAUGAUCCACAUUGGGAGCUACGUUUCGACGGUGAGCGUCUUCUUCUUGGCCGUGUCGACCACGAUCUGGUCCUCGUGCUUCUUUGUGAUACUCCUGUCCCUGGGAGAGGCCAUUUGGAGCCCGAGACUGAACGAUUACACCGUGAGCGUCUCUGAGGAGGGCCGGGAGGGGACCUACAUGGCCCUGAGCUCGGCACCGCUCUUCCUGGCCAAGCUGCCGGUGGGGAUUUUGAGCGGCUACCUGCUGCAGAAGUACUGCCCGGAAACGCUCGGCGAGGGGGAGGUCCGGCACAGCAAGAUCAUGUGGCUGAUCAUCGGGCUGAUCACGGCAACGUCACCGGUGCUGCUGACCUGCUGCUGGGGAUACGUUUCGAAAAAGGACCGCGGCUCGAGCGACGAGUUCCGGGCAGGGUUGGCCUACACGGAGCUGCCACAAGCCCGGUCGGGGGACGAUGCCCGGGAGCAACCGCAAGUCACAAUGAUAUAGCAGGACGAAUGUCGGUGCCGUGCGGUUCGUUGUCGUAAGAUCGGGACAAUCGAAACGGAGAAAGCCUGUGGUUUUUUCGAGCCAUACUGUGUGGUCGAGGAACGCAUCUCGAAUAGGGUGUUGGGAUGACAGGAAUAGAAUCCGCUUUGAAUUGAAAGAUUAUGAAUGAAAGAAUCUCUCUCACCAACAAAGAUUUUGUGUAGUUUGUAGAAGACGAUGGAAUGAUCUGUUCGCGAUGAUUCAACGCCUUUCAAGAAAAAAUAUUCUAUUUGUCUAAAGGGAAUCCGUUUUGCUUCGAAAUGAGAGAAUCAAUACUACUUUAACAAUAGAGUUUAUUGUGAGUU